AAGUGAAAAUACCCGUUGGGCUCGGCUCGCGCGGCGCCGUCCUCUCCCACUCUCUACGCACGAACACAGCACGCGCCGCACCCCGCUCUCUCUCUCCUGCGUUCCCAUCUGCGGCGGGGAGUGAGCACAUUGAGGACGGUCUACUCCUCGUUCGCGUGCGGUUCGUCCCGAGCGAUCCGGCAACCAUGAACAUCUUCAAGAAGAAGGUCGACCCCAAAGAGGCUCUCAGGACCAGCAAACGUGAAAUGGCGGUCGCCACGCGGGGAGUUGAGAGAGAGAUUGGUUCCCUGCAAAUGGAGGAGAAAAAGCUGGUUGCAGAGAUAAAGAAGACUGCCAAGACUGGAAAUGAGGCUGCAACCAAAAUAUUAGCUCGGCAACUUGUCAGGCUGAGGCAACAAAUCCUCAAUUUGCAAGGCACACGGGCACAGAUUCGUGGAGUAGCUACUCACACACAGGCAAUGUAUGCUGGCACUUCAAUCUCUGCUGGAAUGAAAGGUGCAAGCAAAGCUAUGUCAGCAAUGAACAAGCAAAUGGAACCGGCGAAACAGAUAAAGGUCAUGAAAGAAUUCCAGAAACAAUCAACACAGUUGGACAUGACGCUUGAGAUGAUGUCUGAUGCUAUUGAUGAAACACUUGACAAAGAUGAGGCGGAGGAGGAAACAGAAGAGCUUACAAACCAGGUCCUUGACGAGAUUGGCGUCGAUGUGGCUUCUCAGCUCUCUUCGGCUCCUAAAGGGCGCAUCGGAGCUACUAACAAGAAAGUCGAUAAUGGUCAAGCACGUCCUGCAAGGAACGUGGCGGCUCCUGCUCUAGAACCCUCCUCUGCUGAAGUUGAGGAUCUGGAGAGGCGACUGGCAUCUCUGCGCCGUACCUGAGUCUGAGCUGUUGAAGAAAGAACUUGUUUGUAAUACUAGCAGUUAUUCAUCUAUAUAUGUAAAGUUGGUUUAUAUGUGUAGGGAAAACAGCGAGCUGCACAUGAUACGGUUGAACCUACUUAAUGUUUUAUUUAAUUUGGAAGUUGACU